UCCCAUACUCCAUCCUUAUCCUCCUUCACCCUCCUCCACCUCUUCUUCACACAAAUCAUUUAUUCCCUCACUACUUUAUCCUUUUCUUUUUCUCUUUCUCACUCUUCCUCCAUCCACAGUAUAAUUCUUCUCUUCAAACUAGCUAUAUAUCUAUCGAUCCCUUACACUCCAUAUUCUUAUUCUCUUCCUCUUUACUCCCUCUUCACGUUACCACAAUAAGAUAUGGUAAUGAAGAAGAGAGACGAAGAGGAAAGCAUAUACUUUAAAGGGGUGAAAACUCUCUGUGACAGCGGCAUAAAAAAAGUACCCAGCAAGUACAUCUUACCAGUCCCUGAACGCCCUCAGAUCAUCGUAAAAGUAUCAAAGAAAACGAGCCCGAGGUUCAAAUUGCCGACCAUAGAUCUUUCACUGCUACAGGAUUGCAAUGGUCGAUCGAAGGUCCUCCAUUCUCUUUCGAAGGCUUGCCAUGAAUAUGGCUUCUUCCAGGUUGUGAACCACGGGAUUCCUAAUGAAUCGCAAGCGAGGAUAAUUUCAACAGCGAAGAGAUUCUUUGAAUUGACAUAUGAGGAGAGAGCGAGGUACAUGUCGAACAAUAUAAGGGCGCCUGUUAGAUAUGGAACCAGCUUUAAUCAAUUGCAGGAUGGUGUCUUAUAUUGGAGGGAUUUCUUGAAGCUCAACUGUUAUCCUUUGCAUAAAAUUCUGCCGUUUUGGCCAUCUUCUCCUCUGGAACUGAGAGAAGAGGCUAUCUCUUACGCAAAAAAGAGCAAAGCACUAUUCUUAGUACUUAUGGAGGCCAUUCUUGAAACCUUAGGGCUUGGCCUGUCAAUGCUCAAAGAAUUAGAGGAAGGGACUCAUAUGAUGGUAAUGAACUGCUUUCCUUCGUGCCCUGAGCCUGAUCUUACACUCGGAAUGCCACCACAUUCCGACUUUGGUUUUUUGACAAUACUGCUUCAAGAUGAAAUUAAGGGCCUUCAAGUCAAAUAUGGUGAUGAGUGGAUUACAGUCGAUCCAAUUCCUGGUUCUCUUUUUGUUAACAUUGGCGAUCACCUUGAGAUAUUCAGCAACGGGAGGUAUAAGAGUGUGCUUCAUCGAGUCCUCGUGAACUCUUCCAAGUCUCGCAACUCCAUUGCCUCCAUACACAGCCUUCCAUUCGAUAGCAUUGUUCGUCCUUCGCCUGAACUCGUCAAAGAAGAUCAGAGGCUUUACAAGGACACUGACUUCGCUUCCUUUUUGAAUUAUAUGACCACUCAUGAGGCUAAGCAAAAACAGUUUAUUGAGUCAAGGAAACUGGCCAACAUUAUUAGCCCAAGCUUUCAAUAGCUUUGAAUUCGUCUUCUUUGGUUCAUAAUAACCACCAAAGGCCUUGAUUCAGUGUCAGCCUUCUGUAGGCAUAUAAAAUUUAUACUUGAUGGGCAUCUCUCAAAGUCCAUCUAGUCUGUUCUUCUUUAUAUGUUUAGAAGAAUUUAUCAUGUACUGGCCGGGGCAGUUAAAACAAGUGUAAGUCUUUGGGCCCUCUGGUUCGUAUGACAUUUAUGCUAUUCGAUAGAAAAUGAGAGUAGCGCUAUUUUUAUAGUUUUUUUGAAAAAUAAUAAUUUUUGUUUCAGUGUUCAUGUUUUACAGUAA